AUGGGGAAGGCCGGAACCUUUCCAGGUGACGAUGCCGCUGUUAUAACCAUAGACACGCAAAAAGCCUUUGAUUCCUUAAUAUGGGAUCACAUGAUUACGACUAUUAGGAACUUUGGAAUUGCAGCUGUUGAAUCAGCAAAAGGAAAAUAUGCUCAAAUGUUGUUCAGAAACUUGUUUGAGGAUUAUUCCAAUGCCUUGAGACCUGUUGAAGAUACUGAUAAAGCUCUUAAUGUUACUCUUCAGAUUACACUUUCUCAGAUCAAAGAUGUGGAUGAAAGAAACCAAAUCCUGACAGCAUAUUUAUGGAUUAGACAAAGCUGGUAUGAUGCGUACCUCACAUGGGACAGAGAUGAAUAUGACGGCUUGGAUUCCAUUCGAAUUCCCAGCAGCAUGGUCUGGAGACCAGACAUUGUACUAUACAACAAAGCAGAUGAUGAAUUUUCAGAGCCAGCAAAUACAAAUGUAGUCCUGCGCUAUGAUGGGAAAAUAACAUGGGAUUCGCCUGCCAUCACUAAGAGUUCUUGUGUUGUAGAUGUCUCGUAUUUCCCUUUUGAUAAUCAGCAAUGUAAAUUGACUUUUGGUUCUUGGACAUACAAUGGCAAUCAAGUGGACAUUAUAAAUGCUAUGGAUACUGGGGAUCUAUCUGAUUUUGUGGAAAAUGUUGAAUGGGAAAUUCAAGGUAUGCCAGCCGUGAAGAAUGUCAUUACAUAUGGCUGCUGUUCUGAGCCUUACCCAGAUGUCACCUUCACUUUGAUUUUGAAGAGGAGAUCUUCAUUCUACAUAUUCAACCUGCUAAUUCCUUGUGUCAUGAUAUCCUUCCUGGCUCCUUUAGGGUUUUAUCUCCCUGCAGAUUCUGGGGAAAAGGUAUCACUUGGAGUUACUGUUCUCUUAGCUCUAACUGUAUUCCAGCUAAUGGUUGCAGAAAGCAUGCCUCCUUCAGAAAGUGUUCCAUUAAUAGGUAAAUAUUACAUAGCGACUAUGACAAUGAUUACAGCUUCUACAGCACUAACCAUUAUUAUAAUGAACAUUCAUCUCUGUGGAGCAGAAGCAAAGCCCAUUCCACGGUGGGCCAAGGUAGUGAUAUUAAAUUACAUGUCCAAGAUAUUCUUUGUGUAUGAUGUUGGUGAGAACUGUGCAAAUGCUCAGAGUGAUUCGGACAGCAUAUCAAAUGACAGCUUUCAUUCUAUUGAUGAUUUUGAGGAAAAGCACAACAUUUAUGACAAAUUGAAUUUCCCAUUAUCAGACUGUAGUGACUUUGUCUGUGAGAUUGAUGUAAAUAAAAAGUUAAAUAGCGCCAUGACAAACCACUUUGGUCCAGAAUAUGAAGAAACUGGCAUCCACUGCCUACAUUAUAAAGUUCUGGCUAGGAACGUAGAAUAUAUCACUAACUGGUAUCGAGAACAGAAAGCAAUCAGCGCUAAAGGAAUUGAGUGGAAGAAGGUAGCCAAAGUAAUGGACAGGUUCUUUAUGUGGGUAUUUUUUAGUAUGGUGUUUUUUAUGAGCAUUUUACUUAUUGCUAAGGCAGUGUAAUGUGUUUGGUACUAAAGAAAGUUGUUCAACAUUAAAAAAGAUACAUGCUACUAA